CCGAGCAGCUCUGGCAGAUCUUUGCGGGGACCCACAGGAGGGACCAGCGCCGCAGGACAACAGAGCAGUUGCCAGGCCUGGAGAGCCAGGACGCAGGACCACAGGACUCAGGACUGGAACCACGGAGCAGAGAUGCUGUGGUGCCGCCCACCCGAGCCCUCCCCCAGCUCCCCCGAGGGCUCCGGAGAAGAGAGCACAGAGCUAGGCCUGCCAGGCCUGGACACCGAAGGGAUGCUCUCCCUCCGCAUGGCCCAGGAGCCUGCUGGGAGAGCCUACCGGUUCCUGAAGCCCAUAUGCUGGGACCCUGAGGACUUCGAGGACACGUGGAAGAGACCAGAUGCCUUGCCCUGGCAAUCCCAGAAGGCGGCCAUCCCGCACGGAGCGGAGAAGAUGCGGACGCUAAAGCACGGGGAGCCGGUGCUGGCCACAGCCGUCAGCAGCUGCACGCGACAUACGUUCACCUGUGGCUGCGGCGGCGUCAAAGUGUGGAGCCUGGUGGGCUGGGGGCUGGAGGACCGGCGCCCCGAGAGCCACCUGCGUGUACAGACCCCCCAGGCCUACCUGCGCACCUGCCUGCUGUCCCCGACCAGCACGACCCUGCUGACGGGCGGCCACAAACUGGCCGGCGUGAGCGUGUGGGACCUGACCGCGCCCUCCCUGCGUGUGACCGGCGAGCUGCCCUGCGCAGGCCUCACCUGCCAGGCCCUGGCCUCCGGCCCCGAGGCCACCCUGGCCUUCGCGGGCUUCACCGACGGCACAGUCAGGAUCUGGGACUUGCGGGACCAGAGCAUUGUCAGGGACCUGCCGGGGCCCCCAAACAGAACCAAGAGCAUUGCUGUCAAAGACCAGAACAUCUGGAUGGGGGGGCUGGACACCUGCCUGAGGUGCUGGGACCUGAGGACCCCCGGGGAGCCCCUGGAAUACCAAUUCGAGUCUCAGAUAAUGAGCCUGUCCCCCAGUCCCCAGGAAGACUGGGUGCUGGUGGGCACAGCCAGUGGCCAACAGUGGCUACAGCCCACCCGAGGGGGCCAGAAGCACAUGGUGGGGUGUAAGGACGGCACCAUCCUGGGUCUCAAGUUUUCCCCAUUUGGCCAGUGGUGGGUGAGCGUUGGAACGGAUGACCUGGUCAGCAUCUACGGCAUGCCCGCGGGGACCGUGGUGUUCCAAGUGCCCGAGACCUCCUCCAUCCUGUGCUGUGAUGUGUCUCGCAACAACCGCCUGGUCGUCACGGGGUCGGAGGACCACGCCUCAGUGUACCAGAUCACCUACUGAGGGGUCUGGCCCUGUCGUCCUGACUCGGGACCCUUUUUUUUUGUCCUUUGCCCCCAACAAGG